ACGUAUUUCAAAUCCCGACAGUGAAAAACUUUUAUGUUCUCCAGCCGCAGGACAUUGAAGCGGAGGACUCCUGCUCAGGGCAUAGACCGCCGGGAGUACAUUGGUCACCUGGUCGAUGAGUAUUACACAACGACAAACAUCGAGGCCCAGGAGCAGGUGACUGCGAAUUUGGCCAACUUUGCCUACGAUCCGAUCAACUGGCCACACCUACUGGAGGCCGAAGCCCUUGAUGUGUUCCAGGCAUCGCUAGAGUCCCAAAAUCAGCAACUGAAAUUACACGCAAUUGCUGCAUUGUGUAAUCUUUGUUUGGACAAAGCCGCUUCCAAAUUUAUCAGGGAGCAGUUAAAACUCAUCACUGACCUUUUUGUCCGAACAGAUCAUCCAGAAACAUUGCUCCACAGUCUAGCACUCUUCUACCAACUACUGGAAUCCGGUGAGGCUGGCAGAGACGUACUGCUGAGUCCUUCGGUUCUUAAAACUGUGCAGGAGUGGCGGGUGAAAGCUCAAGAUAAGCGCAUUCUGAGCAGCCGAGCACUUCAGCAAGUGCAAGUAGUUAAGCGGUUUUCUCAAAGUGAUUUGGAGCAGUUUGCCCAGUUCACUGGCGAUCACAAUUACAUUCACAGCCUAGAAACACCUGUUGAGGAGCGACGCGUGCAUGGAGCCCUGCUAAAUGCGGUGGUAGCUGGAAUUAUGGGAACUCAGUUACCGGGACCCGGGACCGUGGUUCUUGAGCAGAGCUUCAAGUUUAUUAAACCCUGUCGAAUUGAGACAGAUACCCUGGUUACUGUGCGCCUACUUCAGAGUCGGAAAAUCUCCACCGUGGAGUACGAUAUACAGCAAAACGACGAGGUGGUUUUUCAAGGCAGUGCCAAGUUGCUGACUCGCAGCAGAACAGAAUAGAUUUUUUUAAAUAAAGUUGUGUUUUUGUUUA